AUGAUUUGGCUAUCCGAAAGACAAAAAUUUGGUGUUGGUUUCACAGCGGGAGGAAUUUUCUUUUUCAUAUUUGGAAUAUUGACAUUUUUCGACUCAGGGUUUCUUGCCUUGGGGAAUUUACUUUUCAUAAUUGGUCUCAUUCUCAUAAUUGGUCCACAACGUACCAUUUCAUUCUUUACUCGUCCAACAAAGAUUAGAGGCACUGUAUGUUUUGCAUUGGGUAUAAUAUUGAUCUUGAUGAAAUGGUCAUUUGUUGGGUUCAUAUUGGAAAGUUUUGGAAUAUUGGGAUUAUUUGGUGAUUUCUUUGGUACAAUUGUACAAUUCUUAAGAUCUAUACCUUAUAUUGGUGAUGUUUUAAGUCAUCCUUUUAUUGCCCCUACUAUUGAUAGGUUAGCUGGUAUUAACAACACAUUGCCUGUAUAA